ACCCCUGUUCGCACGAGACCGCGCCCACCCUUCUCAUCCUUCAAAAUGUCAACCGCUGUCCCCAACAUAUACAACAACAAAACUUUCCGCCCAGCAUCGAACUCCGACAACGGCGAAGUCGAUGACACAACGCGCUUCCACUAUCACCAGGAUGGAUCAAUCGUUUGGGCGGAGUACUCUGGCGGCUCGAUCGCGAAAGGCUCGCUCAUUGCCACGGUCAAAGAGGAUGGGAGUUUGGACAUGCGGUAUCACCAUGUCAACACACAGGGCGAACUGAUGACGGGGAGAUGCCAGUCUAUCCCGGAGACAUUGAAAGAUGGGAGAUUGAGGUUGAAGGAGACGUGGCAGUGGACUAGCGGGGAUGAGUCCAGUGGAGAGUCGGUGCUGGAGGAGGUGAGGGAGUGAGCUGCGACGGAGACCGGAAAAGAAGAGAGCGCACACCGCUUGCUUUACUGUCUGUACAAAGAGUCGUCUAUUAUAUAAGAGAAGA